AUGGAUGGGGAGAAAGAGAAGGAACGUAUAGAAAGAAUUGAAGAGGGAGAAGGGAGAAAAGGGAGAGUGGGGCUAAAUAAAGCACAAGAGGUGUCGCACGUGCCGACGCUGCUGGCGAAGCCCGUGCUGCGCGCCCGCAAGCCGGUGUUGGUGCCCGUGGGCAGGCCCGUGCUUUACCCAGCGCCGGCACCGGCGCCGGCGGCCGUCAGCCUCAAGGGCUUCCCGCUGCCCAGCUACGACCCGAUCAACGCGUACGCGGCGCCGCCGCCCGCGCCCGCGCCCGCGCCCGCGCCUCCUCAGCCGCCCGUGGACUACGAGCAGCUGUACCAGGGGCGCCUCCAAGCGAACAACCCGGGCCCGGUGCUGUUCCCGGUGAAUCCGGAGGACCAGACGCCGGCACCGCCGCGCAACGUGCCCCCGCACUUCCAACUCUACCAGCAGGGGUCGGCGGCGGUGCGGGCGGGCAGCACGGUGGCGGCCGUCAACGCCGCCUACAACAACAUCUACGGCCCGCCCCCACAGCCACAGCCGCAGCCGCAGCCACAGCAGCCUGGCCUCCCGACCCCGCAGCAGCUGCAGCAACUGCAACAGCUGCAGUUUCAGCAGCCCGUCCAGAGCCUGCAGGGGCAGGGGCUGCCCGCCGUCCACAGCCUACAGAGCAUCCAGGCUCUCCAAGGGGUACAAGGCAUCGGGUACUGA